AUUGCACUCCUCGUUUUUUUUUGGCCCUCCUCUUCAGUCUUUCAUUCGCCUGACUGGAUUCGCCACUCAACAGCACCCGGCAGAAGUACGUCUAGAGACCCUUUCAACUCGGACAUGUGAAGCGAUAAAUGUUGAAAAAUAGAUAAUCUGAGCUGUGUGCAUUAUUUGUCGGUGGACUGACAAGUAUACGACUAAAACCAACAGUGAACGAAGCGGGGGAAAACACCAAAAAGUGGAAGAGUUUGAACGUCAACUUUAACGCCAAACUUCCCUUGGCGUUUUUUCUUUUUCUAUUACGGGGAUUUAAGAAAAUUAUGCAAACAGACUGGAUUAUGAAGAACGCACAAAACUGUACAGAUUGCCCUGAAUAACUGCGAGAUUACACCUACUUUCAUGCACCUUUGCUAAAUCCAUCUCAUCUGCUCACACCCUUGUGUUUCGCACUACUGCUAAAAGAUGUUGUCCAGGCUGAGAGAGUGGUUCUGGAAUGAGAGGCUGUGGUUUCCAGAAGGCCUGGGUUGGGCCAACUUGGAGGGUAGUGAUGGUCUCACCUACGCCAAGGCAGCUGACCUCUGGGUGACCCUGCCCAUCGCCCUCAUCUUCCUCAUUAUACGACAGAUCUUUGAGAGGACAGUGGCCAUUCAAAUGGCCGCGGCUUUGGGUGUAAAGGAGAAAGUCAGAGUGCGAUUGGAGCACAACCCCACGCUGGAGUCGUUCUUCAGAAUCUCAAAUAAAACUCCCAAACAGUGUGAAAUCGAGAGUUUAGGUAAAAAGACCGGUUACUCAGAUAGACAGAUCCACAGAUGGUUUAGGCGACGAAGGAAUCAAGAGCGACCAAACAAGCUGAAGAAGUUCAAAGAGGCCAGUUGGAGAUUUACCUUUUACCUUCUUGCUUUCAUUGCUGGCCUUGCUGCACUUAUUGAUAAACCUUGGCUCUACAAAAUGGAGGAGAUGUGGGCGGGGUUUCCAAUGCUGACGCUGCUGCCUUCUCAGUACUGGUACUACAUGAUUGAACUAGGCUUUUACAUCUCGCUCCUCUUCAGUGUCGCAUCAGACAUCAAGCGAAAAGACUUUAAAGAACAAAUAGUGCACCACGUUGCCACCAUCCUGCUGAUUAGUUUCUCUUGGUGUGUGAACUACAUCAGAGCAGGAACCCUCAUUAUGUUGGUGCACGACGCCUCCGACUAUCUGCUGGAGUCUGCCAAAAUGUUUAACUAUGCCGGCUGGAGAAAAGCGUGCAACUACAUAUUCAUCCUAUUUGCUGUCGUCUUCAUGAUCACCAGACUUGUCAUCUUUCCAUUUUGGAUUUUGCACUGUACCUGGGUGUAUCCAGUGACCGUUUAUCCUCCGUUCUUUGGGUAUUACUUCUUUAAUGGGCUGCUGUUUGUGCUGCAGUGUCUGCACAUCUUCUGGGCCGUACUCAUCCUGCGUAUGGCCGUCAAAUUCUUGCCAGGCAAUAAUAUUGUGGAGGACGAGAGGAGUGACCGAGAAGAAACCGACUCUGAGGAUGACGAGAAAGAGCAGGAGGACAGGAAAGCGCCAAUGAAAAAUGGACCAGUGCAGAACGGCCACUCUCCUCUAAACAACAACCAUCACCGUAAGACUGAGUGAUACUAGCAGAGAUGAGAGAGGAGGUACAACACUCCACUUCCUGUACACAUGGACGACACCAACAAACUAAUGCCAGGGGUGUUUGAUGGAUUGAAAAGGCCUAGAGCAAACACACACACAAUACAUGUAGAAACAUAUGUUACUCAUUUUUGGAAACGGACAUACUUCGAAAAGGAGGAAUGAUAUAACGUCUUUCCCCUUGCAAACUAUUUAAAACACUAUUAACAGGCACCAUAUCAUUAAAUAACCCUUAUGUUUGUUCAGGGUCUGUUAUAGAUUGUCUAAUGUUAGUGAAUCCAACGUUCACUUGCUUUACUGGAAAUAUUUCCUCCAAUUUAUUACUUGUUUAGUGCCUUAUUAGUACAAAGUUGUACUGCUGUUCAUACAUUUCUUUUCCUUUUUAUAUUUUGGGCAUCACACGCACACUAUUAUCCUCCCUUUACUUGUCAGUAAUGAGAUUUUGCAUGCUUUGUCUGGUCAACUGUCAGAUUUCCCAGAAUCCCUCAGUAUUUGAGUUCUGAAGUUGCCGGAAACUGACUGGAAUUUAGUUUUUUUGUCUCCCAUUUGUUCACUAUGUAAUAACAGUCUCACCAUGUGACCUUCACACACCUGCUUUACUUAGAAAAAACACGCAUGACCUUCAUCGGAGGUGUGUUUACACUGCCGAGGGUCUUCCUUGCUGAUCUUUCCCCAAUGCAGUUGCACUAAUAUAAGUUACUGACCCAGUCUUGCAACACUACCACCAUAUAGAGACGCAAAGACUCGUGAUUUGUAUUGCCAUGAUAUCUCGUCCCAUAGGCGCUCAAUCACUGUGCUGCUUUUUACAUUUAACAUUUGUCUGUUGAGUUUGUAACGAAGCAACAAAUGUGUGUGUGAAAGAAUCUCUCGUAUCUAAUAUUUGUGUUUUGGUCGGCGUGUGUCCUGUAACACAUUUCUGUUAAAAAUGCAUUCUUAAAUAUUGAGUUAAAUAUUGUUUUUUUUAGUAUUUUUUUUUUUCAGGGUUUUCAUUUAAGAUUAUUUUUAUUUAAGGUCCAGUUACUUUCAGCAAACCUGAUAAGCUGAUAAUUUAUGCAGCAUGUAAAAAAAAUGACUUUGUAAAAAGCAAAAAACAAAGUACGUGGCAGGAGAAUCUGUAGUUGAUGUUUUCCUCUUCCAUUUAAAUGAUGAAUAAUUACAAUAAGAAUCAGUAUUGAGUGCUGGAUGCACUUUGUAACUCUCCGUCUAAUGUAAAAUGCAUUAUAAUGAUUGUGUUGUUAGCAAACUGUUUGACAUAAUUGAAACUCUGGCUUGCAUUUAUGGUAUUUAUGAGAAAUGGAUUCCAUAGUUUU